AUGGAUUCAAUAAAUGAAAGGUGCACUAAUUCAAGUACAUUUCACUAUGUAUUUAAGUCAAAAGUAAUGAAGAAAUUGAAAAACUAUGCACUCCUGAAUAUAAUAAUUUUAUUGACAAGGCUAUCUACUUACUGAAUAAUGGAUAAACAUUUUAAAAGCUUUUUGUUUGUCAAAAUAUUAACAAAGCUACUGAGCUUGACUUUUAUGUUCCAGAAUUAGUUGCAUUAAUGAUUGUAAAUCUUUAUUAUUAUUAUUUAUAGAAUAAGAUCAAGACGGAAGAGCCAAAUGUAAUUAAAGAAUUAAUCAAAGCAUUAAGCAAUCUUAUUAUUUUACUCAAUGUAAUUAUAUGAAAACUAUUCUAGGAAAAUAUAGUCAACAAAAUUAAAGAAUAAUUAUUGAAAUAACUCUAAGAUUUAUGUUCUAAUUAUUUCAAUUCCCCAUUUUGUGAUCAAAUAUGUGAAUUAAUGUUAACUCUAUCAAAAUAUAUGGAAUUUGAUUUUGAUCCCUACUUACUUAUAUUAAAUGAGGAUAGUGUUAGGUAUGAAGGAUUGAAAAUAAUUGAAAUGCGUUAUUCAUUAAUGUCUAAUAAUCAAUAAGCUUUAUCAUUAAAGCAUGUAAAAUAAUGUAUUGGUAGAAAAAAUGAAAGAAUGUGUAGAAUAAUUGAUUAAGUUAUACUUAAACAUGAUAAAUUAUUAAUGAUAUUAAUUAGAGAUUAAGAUUGGUUAAAGAAUACAAUUUCAUUGAUAUCAGAUUUUGAUAAAUAAGUAAGAAUUAAUGGAUGUAAAUUAUUUCUUAAUACUUGGUUAAAGAUGGAAGAAUAAGGUUAUGAAGGUCAUCUUAAAUUUUAAGAUACUCUUUAAGAUAUAAUACAAUAUAUAGAUGAUGAUCCAAAAAUUAUAAUUUUAAUUGUAUAAUGUCUAUCAACAAUUAAAACAGAGUCUAUUUAAUAAGCAUUUAUGGAUUAUAUAAGACCUUAACCUAUAUAAAUUGAAUUAGUAAAAGAAUACUAUCAAUAUAUAUAUUUAUUUGAUUCAAAGAUUCGAUAAUAAUAUGAUGAUUUUUUAAUUAAUUAGAUAUCUAAUUUAAUUGAUACAAGUAAAGAGUUUAGUUUUCUUAAACAUUUGUCUGACUUAUAUACUCAAUUAAAUGAAUAAACACAUCAACAAUUACUUGGUCUUUUAUUUGGAAAUUUAGAAUUAAAUCAAAUAUUUUUUAUUCCUUAUCUUCUUGAUAUCAUUAACAAAGGAAAUAGAAUCAAAAAUAAAUAAUUUGUUAUUUAAUUAUAAAAAACCUUUGAUUUUCUUAAAAAGUCUAUCUUAAAUUAUGAAUCAAAAGGUUUAUGGUAUGAAGUUGAAGAGACUUUAAAUAUUUUAGAAUGUUUGGCUAAUAAUUUAAAUAUAAAGACAGAAUUCAAUUCUUUAUGUUUUUCAUAUUUAUCAAUGGGAUCUCAACAUAUAAGAAAAAAGAUAUCUGUCUAUUUAAUUGAUUAAAUAACUGAGAAUUAUGAAAAAAUAGUUCCUCAAUAUCUUUAAUACCUAAAUCAUACUAAUUAUACAUAUAGAAUAUUAUUAAUUGACUUUUGUAUAUAAAUUUGUAGAAAAAGAAGCAGAAACUUUUUCAAACAAUGUAAUUUAAUAUAAGUAUUGUNUAUGAAAACUAUUCUAGGAAAAUAUAGUCAACAAAAUUAAAGAAUAAUUAUUGAAAUAACUCUAAGAUUUAUGUUCUAAUUAUUUCAAUUCCCCAUUUUGUGAUCAAAUAUGUGAAUUAAUGUUAACUCUAUCAAAAUAUAUGGAAUUUGAUUUUGAUCCCUACUUACUUAUAUUAAAUGAGGAUAGUGUUAGGUAUGAAGGAUUGAAAAUAAUUGAAAUGCGUUAUUCAUUAAUGUCUAAUAAUCAAUAAGCUUUAUCAUUAAAGCAUGUAAAAUAAUGUAUUGGUAGAAAAAAUGAAAGAAUGUGUAGAAUAAUUGAUUAAGUUAUACUUAAACAUGAUAAAUUAUUAAUGAUAUUAAUUAGAGAUUAAGAUUGGUUAAAGAAUACAAUUUCAUUGAUAUCAGAUUUUGAUAAAUAAGUAAGAAUUAAUGGAUGUAAAUUAUUUCUUAAUACUUGGUUAAAGAUGGAAGAAUAAGGUUAUGAAGGUCAUCUUAAAUUUUAAGAUACUCUUUAAGAUAUAAUACAAUAUAUAGAUGAUGAUCCAAAAAUUAUAAUUUUAAUUGUAUAAUGUCUAUCAACAAUUAAAACAGAGUCUAUUUAAUAAGCAUUUAUGGAUUAUAUAAGACCUUAACCUAUAUAAAUUGAAUUAGUAAAAGAAUACUAUCAAUAUAUAUAUUUAUUUGAUUCAAAGAUUCGAUAAUAAUAUGAUGAUUUUUUAAUUAAUUAGAUAUCUAAUUUAAUUGAUACAAGUAAAGAGUUUAGUUUUCUUAAACAUUUGUCUGACUUAUAUACUCAAUUAAAUGAAUAAACACAUCAACAAUUACUUGGUCUUUUAUUUGGAAAUUUAGAAUUAAAUCAAAUAUUUUUUAUUCCUUAUCUUCUUGAUAUCAUUAACAAAGGAAAUAGAAUCAAAAAUAAAUAAUUUGUUAUUUAAUUAUAAAAAACCUUUGAUUUUCUUAAAAAGUCUAUCUUAAAUUAUGAAUCAAAAGGUUUAUGGUAUGAAGUUGAAGAGACUUUAAAUAUUUUAGAAUGUUUGGCUAAUAAUUUAAAUAUAAAGACAGAAUUCAAUUCUUUAUGUUUUUCAUAUUUAUCAAUGGGAUCUCAACAUAUAAGAAAAAAGAUAUCUGUCUAUUUAAUUGAUUAAAUAACUGAGAAUUAUGAAAAAAUAGUUCCUCAAUAUCUUUAAUACCUAAAUCAUACUAAUUAUACAUAUAGAAUAUUAUUAAUUGACUUUUGUAUAUAAAUUUGUAGAAAAAGAAGCAGAAACUUUUUCAAACAAUGUAAUUUAAUAUAAGUAUUGUAAUUAUAAAAUGAUCCAGUUUAUAUUGUUAGAUUGAAAUUUGUAUAAUUAAUUUAUGAAAUGAGAUUACUUUUCUGGAAUGAAGAAAAGGAAUUAGUCAUUAAAUUAUAAUAGAUAUUUUAACAAUUUUUAAUUGAUAAAAAGUCUAUUGUUUAAUAAGUAUUACUUUAUAUUUAUUCAUUAGAUGGCCAAAGAUAUUAAUCAAAAACUCUAAUAAAUUCAUUUUCAUCAUCCAGAAACCAUAAUUAAAUAAGAACAUGCCAACAAUUUAAAAGAAAAUAUGGAAACCUUUCAACCUAAAAAUUAAAUAAGACUUAAAACUCCUACUAAAAAUAACACUACUGCAAGAUUAUAAACACCUACAAAUAAAGUUUCCUCUUAAACUCCUACAUUAAAAAAAUAAUAAAUAUUAUUUCCUAAACCUUAAACAAAAAGCACAUGUGUUUAAUUACCUAAGGUUCCACCAAAAUCAAAUAUCACUAAGAAUUAGUAAUUUUAAAAAAAUUCUAAAGAUUAUUGA